GGCGCACCGAAUACAACAUUAAUUCAACUCAAGGGGAAAUGGGGGACGAGUUCAGUCUCCUCCCUGCUCUCCUCUUCAUCACGUUCUUCUUCUUCUACUACUAUAUCCAGCGCUGCUCAUGCGAGAAGAAAUCUAGUAGAAAGCCUCCGACGAAGAUAAGCUUCUUCGAGAUGGUGAAGAACAAAAAGCGGAUCCUGGAGUGGACAACGGAGCUGGUGCUGGCGAGCCCAACCAACACCAUCACCAUGCCCUACACUGUCAUCACCAGCAACCCCAAGAACAUCGAGCACAUCCUCAUGACCAACUUCCACAACUACCCCAAAGGCGACGACUUCACCGCCAUCUUCUCGGAAUUGCUCGGGCAUGGCAUCAUCAACUCCGACGGCGACCGCUGGAAACUCCAUCGGAAGGCUGCCGGCCACGAGUUCAAUUCCAAGAACCUCCGCACCAUCAUCUUGGACAAGGCACACAACGAGGUCGCCGACCGCCUCGUCCCCCUCCUCUCGAAGGCCGCUGCCACGGGCGCAUCCCUCGACCUCCAUGACCUCCUCGACCGCCUCGCCUUCGACGUCAUCUUCCAGAUUGUCUCCGAGGUGGAUCCUGCCUGGCUUGGCUACGACAAGGAGGAAAACGUCGACGUCGUAAGGUUCAUCCACGCCUACGAGGUGGUCAUGGGUGCCGUCAACCGAAGGUUCAACCAGCCUUGCUUUCUGUGGAAGCUUCAACGGCUGCUCGGCAUUGGAUCUGAGCGGCGGUUGAAGGAGGAGAUCGGCGACGUGCAUGAGUUCGCCAUGAAGAUUGUGAAGCAGAGGAAGGGAAGGAAGCCCGAGGAGCUAAGGAGCAGCGGUGACUUCCUUUCGCGUUGUGUACUUCAUGGGAACUCCUUAGAUGAGUUUCUUCGUGACAUCAUCAUCAACUUCGUGUUUGCCGGUUGGGAGACCACGCCGACCGCCAUGACAUGGUUUUUCUGGUUAGUGUCGACCCGGCCGGAGGUCGAAGAAUGGAUUUUGGAUGAGAUCGAUUCAGUGAGGGAGAGGCAUGAAAAUCCGGAUGGAAAGUUGACACUGGAUGAGCUGAGAGAGAUGGAUUAUCUCCACGCGGUGCUGUCGGAGACGCUGAGGCUCUAUCCACCGGUGCCGCUCUGUCUGCGGCGGUGCGCGGAGGAUGACAUGCUGCCAGAUGGGACAUUGGUGAAAAAGGGAUGGAGAGUUAUUUACAACAGCUACGCAAUGGGUAUGAUGGAGAGCAUCUGGGGAGAGGAUUGCAAGGAGUUUAAGCCAGAGCGUUGGCUGGAGAACGGAGUUUUUCAGCCAAAGAGUCCGUACCAGUUUCCGGUGUUCAAUGCGGGGCCGAGGACGUGUUUGGGGAAGGAAACGGCAUACAUCCAAAUGAAAGUAUUCGCCGCAAAUGUGAUCGAAAAGUUUAGUUUCGAUGUAGCGGUGAAGACGGAGAUUGAAUUUGUCACUACUUUAAACCUGAAAGGAGGUUUACUAGCGUCGGUGAGAAGGAGGAGCAAGGGAAAGGAAGCUAGUGAUUGUCUUCUAGUGGAAGUUCGAUCAAGUCUUAUCAUGCAUAGUCAUCCAUCUAAGGUCGACCUGCAGUGCCGUGUGCCCACCGCAGGAAUCCGUGCUCCAUGUUCAUGAAUCCUUGAGGCGUCAAUUACCCGCUGCUACGAACAAAAGGUAGCGAAGAGAAAUCCCGAUAUGGUGAGAGUAUGAGGCGAUUUGUCCUCCAGGUGUGGAAUUAGAACAAAAGGUAGUGAGGAAGAAUAAGUAGCGUCAUGGACGUGGAAAAGAACUGAGGCGUCCUCCUUGCAUGUGCCUUAUUCUACAGCCUGGCUUUAGAAGAGAGGAGGCAGGGCUUGUGAGUCUUGUAAUUU